AUGCACUCGAAAACGGCUUCAGACGAUGAUAACCAUUUAAUUACUCGAAUCCUCCAGGCUGAGCACAUUGUCUUAGAUCGUGUCGCUUUCGAUCUCAUAGCGUCCGUGCUGAUCGCCCGUGGACGUGACCGUCUUCUUUCUUUUGAAACUUGUCGUGAAGAGCUGGAUGGACAUACUGUCGCUUUUGUUCUAUUCUCGGCAUUGUCCUCAUCGUCACUGGAGCUACUGUCGUCCAUAUGCACCAGUGGUAAAAUAAAAUCUGCUUUCAUUUACACCUCCAUCCCUGCGAGCGCCAACGCCUACAAUUUGAAUAUACCUGUGACUGGCGUUGACUAUCCUGAAACCCCUGUGCUAUUCGAGUCGAAAUCUUUCGGAAGUGUUCGUUUUAAGAUUGAGCACGUCUCUCUUCGUUCGUUCUCAAAGUUGUCGAACGUUUACAUCCUCUCCAGAUUUCAUCCGUUCUGUCAAGAAGAUAAAAGAUUUACUGGCGCGUUUCAUGAACUGGAUUCCUUCCUGUGGGAUUUAAACGCAGUGGAACAUGUUUAUUCCUUUGGGCACUUAACCACUAGUAUUGCGUCCGCCUUCGCUUCCGAGUUCCAACCUGCCCUAGAACGGAGAAAGCACUUACUUUCUCACUCUGGUGCACAUUCCGCCACUUUGGUUUUCGUCGACGAUCUGGCCAUGUGCGACCCGAUCGGUUGCAUCAUGCCCUAUAUCAAGCCCCAACAUCUUUUGGACUGCGUCUUUGCCGAACUAUCUCCAGAUGGUCACCACGUGAGAGUGUCGUGGGAUUCAAUGUCCUCCCUUGAAAAUGAUCACAGCAGCAACGCCGCUCCCACAGAACCGUUUUAUACCGAUCUUCUUCAGUCAUCCAGCCUCGGAGAACUGCCUUGGCUCUCUUCUCAUCUGAUGCUGAAGCCACAGGAGGCUUUCAUUGCUUUACAAAACGAAUUGUUGCAAAUAUCAAGUGCCGUAGAUCAUCCCUUACCAGAAUUCUCUAAGGUCCCACAAAAUGGAUCCCAGUGGGCGUCACUGUUUCUACAGCAGGUGAAAAUACUUUUCGGUCCCAUCUGCAACUCCGGCAAACUAGAGCUAUUGAAUACGAUUCAACUCAUCGUGGCAUGUAGCUCUGCUCUGUCCAUAUCUGACCAACGUCUUAAUGGUGAAUCCGCGGUACUCAAUGCGGACGCUGGUCAUAAGACUGUUAUGAACGUGGAAAAAUUCCUGAUGCGAUUCGAACGUUCAUUGCUCAUUGCUAGUCAGUUGGAUUCCAAAUCGUUGUUGCAUCUAGAAGAACCAACAAAAUGUGAACCUAUACUAUUGCAUGCUCUGAGGGAGAUUAAACAACUUGUCCGUCUGGACGAACGAUUCCUUUUGGUGGUCUACUUACUGAGCCUUUUACCCGUACAACUUCCCAUCUCAUCCGUUGUUUGGGAGGUGAUUGAGGAACUUUUUACCUCUGGCCUGAGGUCGCGGGAUUUCUGUGGUCGUCAGGGAGGCCCAUUGAUUCCCACAUACAUGACUCCCCACAAGUUGAUCGCAAAUCUGCAGUCACUGCGUGAGAAACGCCGCGUACUUCCUAGCUACAAUGUCCACCUUUCUGACAUUUGA